UGGUUGGAAAGUAACGUCCACUCCGGUAACCAUGGGCGAGGUGUUUUUUUCUUCAACAACACGAAUUUAAAAGUCUGCUUUUUUGGGAUUAAACUCCUCUGAGCUCACCAGCCUCUGGAUAUUGUGAUAAACCAAACCUCUGGUAACAAAAAAACAUAUGUCAUAUGGUGCUGUUCUCCGUGAAAAAAUGGCUAACGGCUAGUUUGUAAGAGACGUUUUUCCCCUUCGCGUUUUCUGCGGCGAUGGUAACGGAAACGUACCUGGUCAGAAACAGACUUUCCGGAUUUCAAGCUUCUUUCUAAAGGGAUUAUUAAACAUUAAAGCAGCAUGAUAAUAAGUUACAACUGUACCAACAUAGCUACCCAAACAGACGGCGAAGUUAACCGGGGAGUUAAUGAGAACAGCGCAGCACGAGAGAUGACUGACCACGCAGCCGCUUGGAACGAAUGACAGAAGAUUACACACGCCGGGUUUGAAAUGAGAAGAUGCCAGCAGCAGAAAAUGAAUGUCAUUUGAUUACAUUUAGGAAUAAGAAGAUGCUGUUGACCGUUUUACCUCCAAUGGAUGCCUGAAGUUUCUCCAGCAGAAUCAGCAGCAGCUUUUUAACUGAAAGGGUCUCUUGGUGGAAGUCUGCCAGCGGGGGGCCAGGAUGUGGCCCCCUGACCUCGGGCCUCCAGACGUCCAGCUGACUCUUCCUGGCUUUGGCAGUGUGUUUGAGGAUGCCGAGGACCCUCAGGCGCCGCUGUCUUCUGGUGGCUUCUGUCAGUCCUCCAUGCAUUCAGGUGGUCUCGGUGUGUGCUGUCUUCCAAGGACUUCCCUGUCCUCGCUGGGCCGCGACCUCACCUCCCACAUAGAAAAGACAAUGGAGGACUUUGCCACCCCGGGGCACACAGAUCCUAAAAACAACACCCAGAGGUUCAGCUGUUACCCCCAGCCCUCCCUCCCUUUAUCCUACAUGCCCUCUAGCUGUACCACAUCGCCUCCUUUUGGCUCUCCACCCUCCUCUCUGUCCUCUUCCUUCUCCUCAUCAUCUUUGUUUUUUUCCUCCCCUCUUUCUGAUGCACCUGGUGGCAACAAGACUCCUCAUCUACAACAAAAGAUACAGGAAGAGUAUCACUCAAUAAAACAAGAGCCUACAGAUGAUUUCUCGCCGUGUAAGAGGGAACAGUUUCAAAACAACAACCAGCGAGGGGAGCUGUUCCAUGUGGGCCAGACCUUUAAAGGUCAGGAAGGCCCCCAACUUCACAUCCCGAGGCUUAACGGACCCUUAGGCCAGGACCCUUCAGUGGACCAUCAGGACCAGCCACUGACGUGCCACUGGAUCGACUGCAGCGCCACCUACUGCAGCCAGGAGGAGCUGGUGAGGCACAUCGAGAAGGUCCACAUCGACCAGCGCAAAGGAGAAGAGUUUUCCUGUUUCUGGGCCAGCUGCGUGCGACGCAACAAACCCUUCAACGCUCGCUACAAACUGCUCAUCCACAUGAGGGUCCACUCCGGAGAGAAGCCCAAUAAAUGCAUGUUUGAGGGCUGCCUCAAGGCGUUUUCCCGUCUGGAGAACCUGAAGAUCCACCUGAGGAGCCACACGGGAGAGAAACCGUACAUCUGCCAGCACCCCGGCUGCCUCAAGGCCUUCAGCAACUCCAGCGACCGCGCCAAACACCAGCGCACACAUCUGGACACGAAGCCGUACGCCUGUCAGCUCCCAGGAUGCACCAAGCGCUACACCGACCCCAGCUCGCUACGGAAACACGUCAAAGCUCAUUCAGCCAAAGGCCUUCAGGAGAGAGAGGUCAAGGUUCAGGUGCACACGCUGCUGGAGUCGGACAUUUUGAGCGAUUGUCUGGCGAGGCAGCAUCUCCACCAGGGAAACAACUCGCCUUUACCCGGCGUCGAUGACUUCACAGGUGUGUACUCCAACAGCAGCUCCGUCCACAACAGGGCAAAUCCUGAGUUCCUCCCUCCGUCCGCGGACACCUGCUCCAGGUAUCGAGGCGUGGAGGGAAACUUUGAUGCCAACAGCCCGAUAUCUUCACUGACGAGCGUGAGAGAAGGGAACAGACCGACAUCACUGUUCAUGCCGGCUGACGUCAGCCCGGUGAGCUCCUCCUCAGACAGAGGAGACGUCCAGCAGCAGGAGUACCACAAGAUCUACAGCCACCAGCAGCAGGCGUUCUCACAGCAGCAAGGAUGUCUGUACGGAGAAGGAAAGGCGCUUCCACCAGGCAGCGACGGAGGCUUCGAACCCACCGGUUACUACUCAAACCCCCCCACCUCUCACUCUACAGGGUUCGACCUGUUGCAGGAGCUGCAGGGCGGGGGCGGGUACUCUGACGACAGCUUCCUGUUCCAGGCAGGAGGCGUCGACCGCUGCCUCAACCAGAUCUACUCCAUCUACCUGGACUCAUGAUGGCCAGAACCAAAAGAACUGAAGCCCAAAUCUCUGUGUCUUUGUGAAGACUAAAGGCAGCACGUAAGGUGUGUGUCAGCAGACAACGUGUAUUCUAGGCUGAAGGAGGCAGAAAAUGUGUCAGUGGGAGUUUUAAUGGCACAAACUAAAUGCUAAAUAUAACUAAAGUCAGAGUGUCUUUAAUAGCGGUGACUUUUUUGUUCAGAGAUGACCGCAGCGUUUGUGAUCUGAAUGAGCUAUGAGCUUUUAUUGGUUAGUUUGAUCUGAUGGAACAGGUAGCUGAUUCUCUGGCUCCAGUAAGGUUCAUUCUGUCUCAAUGAAAUGUUAAAUACUGUCAUGUUUCAGCACGCACUCUUUUAAUGUAGUGGUUUACAACCUAAGGCCAAUAUAUACGUUUCUUGAAAUGAAGAUACCAAAGAACAAAACAACACUCUUCUGCUCUACAAGUUACGCUUCAGUUGUGUCUGCUCCCUUAUUCAAAUGAAAGCAAUCUGAGAAGUUAAGAAGAGUUAUAUUUUAAUAUUAACUGCACACAACUCGGAUCAUUCGAGGUGUGAAAGUUGCAAGUUGCUUCACCUUAAGGAACCACAAGGAAGAAACCGUUAAAGCAGAUCAUGAGUUGCAUUAACGCAACUUGAGCAGUUUGAGAUAUGCUUAUUUGUUUUCUUGCAGAGUUAGAAGAGAGGGUUGAUAACAACAUGUCAGUACGAUAAAACAUGUGGCUACCGUGAGACAAGAAGUACUGUAGGAUUAUAAAAUCGAUUCUAAAAUAAAUUGGUAACCAGUGCAAAGAGGCUAAACUAUGGUGACGGAGGAGUUUGUUUUUGCUAUAAUAGAAUACUAUUUUGCUGUAAUGUCAAAAUACUUAUUUAAGAUUGUAGCAUGUGUCCAAAGGGUUGUUGAGAAGCUGCUUCUCUAGUUUCAUUUUGCUGCAGAAGAGGAUAAACUGUAGCAGUGCUGCCACCAAGUGUCUGUAUAUGAAUAUUAUAUAAAUACAGUCUGUGUGUUCGACUCCUGGGACUUAAAACUGACACACGAAGCAACAAAAACUGCACUACAAUAUUCCAUCUGUGAUUUUCUGCCAUGGACUGAGAGG